AUGUCUGACAUCACAGCUAUGAUAUCAGAGGAAGACGCCGGCAUGUUUGACGUGACUACACAUAUGGACACGCUCCUUAAAGCGACGGAUUCAAGUACAAAAUUCAACGUUAGCUGGAUUUACGUCGAAAGCCCAGGCUAUGCCUACUGGGUCUGCAAUGUGCUUACUGUUGUAGUAGGUCUAGUUGGGAAUUGUCUGGUCUCCGUUUUAAUGACAGACGCCAAGUUUUCCGUGUUAUCCUACUCAGUGUAUUUGCGAUUCCUGGCCGUGUCAGACAGUGUGGUCUUAAUCUUCUUCUGCAUCAAAGAAUCGAUGAGACUGUUUACGUCACCUUAUCUUGUGGGGAGUAAUUUCGAACUCUGUGCACUUACAAAAUUCACAAGAUGCACGGUCACGACGCUUUCGCCGUGGUUGGUAGUUGGACUCACUGUGGAUCGGUUCUACUGUGUGGUUUUCCCUCUGAAACGUGAUCGAUUCUGCACUAGAAAGAAGGCCACGGUCGUCUGUUCAUGUCUAACUGUUUUGUCUAUCAUACUUUCGGUUCCAAUUUUGUUUGGCGUAAAGUUGCUGAAAGAGUACAACGUUUGCUUUAUACAAGACAGCCUCUUGCCAUACUUUGCUGUUAAUCGUCUUAUUCUCAACUCUAACCUCCCCUGUCUCCUGAUCCUCGUCUUCAACAUUGUGAUUGGAAUCCACAUCCAACGCAGCACAUCUUUCAGAAAGAGAUUCACCUCCGCCAGCUCUGGCUCCAGGGAAAACAAGCUGGACAAGUCGCUUCUUCCUCUCAUGUUGAUCUCCAUACUGGCUUUUGCAACAGUUCUUCCCCCGUCUAUCGUAGACAGUAUCAUUUCGAUCCUAAUUGCAAGUAAAUCAUAUUUUAAUACUCUGGCUCUCCUCAUCGAAUGGUGGCCGGUGUUUAAUAUUUUAUACCUUGUCAAUUUUGGACAGAAUUUUUACAUCCUAAUAGCCAGUUCGGCUAACUAUAGGACGAUCAUGAAGACCAAGAUGGGAUGCAGUACAGUCUCCAGACCAAACUAUAAUACAACCGUGUCAAUGGUUGCUGUACAGACUUCGAAUCCGAGCGACAUGAGGACAAAUAUCAUAGAAUUCAGUACCAUACAAUUGUCACCUGCCAGGUUGACAGCAGUUACCUCCCUUGCUGUGGAUUCUGAUAAUAUUUCAACAGAUGUAUCGGAAAUCAGCAACUAA